GUCUGGCCUCCAUCAUGCAGAGGCUGCUCAUCAAGUACGACAACCUCUUUGAAGUUUCCUUCCCCUAUUCCAUGGGCUGGCACGCCCCGCCGCUGCUCCGCUCUGCCACCGUCCGCAAGUUCAUGGUGGGCUACGAGAUGCUGGCGCAGGCACAGCGAGACCUCACCCCAGAGCAGGCGGCUGAGCGCCUGAGGACCCUCCCCGAGGUGCACUACAAGCAGAGGGCCAAGGAG